AUGGUGCCUCGCUUCUCCAACAAGUUUCCUAUCUCGCCGUACCAAAACAGCAAGCGGCUGAUCCUGACCAAACUCUUUGGCAACAGGCCGUUCAAGUUGCCGCCAUCCUCAAACAUGAUCUUCCGAUUCAUCCUUGCCGUCGUGGCCGUAGCGGUUCACUUAGGCCUUGCCACCUCCGCCGUUGUUGACACAGAAGGAUGGUCUCCCUCGCACAAGCACCACCGCGUCAUUGGUCGUCGCGGGGGACCCGGGCCGGGACAGGUCUCGCUCGUCACGGCCACAGUCAUCGUCACCGUCGGCGCCUCAACCACGACCGAAACCCUGUCCGCCACCCCAAAGCGCACCCACCCCUGCGGGGCAGCAGGUUCGACCGGCAUCAUCGGAACCGCGGGCGGCACGGGUGGCAGCAGCAGCAUCUACAGCAACAGCACCACCGUGACCCUCAGCUCCACCCAGACCGUCACCUCGACUCUGACAACCGGCACCCUGACGGUAACCAAAACCGUGACGGUCCCAGCUGGUAGUAGCAGCACCCCUGGCGCCAUGCAAACCACCACCAGCGUCAGCAGCAGCAGCAGCAGUUCCUCCUCGUGGACCUCGUCCUGGACCUCGUCCUGGACCUCACGGAGCACUUCCUCCUGGACCUCCUCGUGGACCUCCCAGACAAGUUCCAGUUCGUCCCAGUCUGAAUCGGCCCCCGAGCCGAGCAUGGUUUCGACAACGCCCAUCAGCAUCACUACCUCAUCAUUCUUGUCGUCUUCGUCUUCGUCUCCCGCGGCCAGCAACAGCUCCUCCCCGUCAUGGACUACGAGCACCUUCUCGCAAAGCUCGCAAGCAACCGAUCCUGCCAGUACCACACCUCAUCACGCGACGUCUCCGAGCACGCCCAGUCCCAUUAUUAGUAGCACUACCAGCACACCUGUCACCGCCGGUGGUGCUCCGAGAGAAACGGGGGUGCGUGGUGGACUUGUCCUGGGCGCAGCUGUUGCCGCGUUGGUGGCUGUGGUGUGA